GCUUAUUUUAUCAUUCGCGUUUUUGACAUGCCAAAUAUUAUCAACGGGGGUCUGCCCUUAUUUACACGUCGAAAAUAUUUAGAUACUUGAGUUUUUUAGUGUGACUAAACUUACAUCAGCCAUGUUUUAACAUGCAAUUGGGGCAUGCGGUUGGUUUUCCUCAAACAAAGCAGCAAAAGUUGUUUGAAAAAUCUUUCAGUGAACUAAGUUGUGAAAUCAAAGAAAAUGUUUCUCAAGACCAAAGUGCAUCAUUGCCACCUUCAUAUGAUUCAAUAUUUGGCCAAUUUAAAGACACUCACUCUAGUUCUUGCUCUCUUGAGUGCUUAAAAAAAGUUUUAGGAAUGUUUGCAGGGACAUUUGGUUGUACCUUAUCUUUGAUGCUUUUGUUGGCUUUACCUUUAUCAAUGAUUAUUAUAGGUACUUUAUACAAAGAUGAUUGCCCAAUUGAACCUUUUAUUCCUAUUUACUUAAUUGUGGGAGGAUCAUUUGGCAUUGUAAAAACUAUUGUUAUUAUUAUUCAACGUGUUUUAUAUGGGGAAGACUCGUUUUCUAAAGAUGCAGUUUCAGAUGAGUUGCCUGAAAAAACUCCUAUUGCAUGGAUGCUAAUUGACAGUGUUCUUAAUUUAUUUUUAUUUACGUGGUUUGUUGCUGGCAACAUUUGGGUUUACUCAAAGUAUAAACCUUAUUUUGUUCCACCCCCACAUGAACCCAUGAAUUACUGCAACAAGAAUUUGUAUAUGUUCUCGUUUUGGAUUAUAACCUUUAGUUACAUUAUAAUGGGUUUGAUUUGUGUAUGUACAUGCUGUCUUGGUUUGUGUGCAAGUUGUACCGCGUAUUUUGUUACCAGCUCAAACAAUCAAAGAAAUGAAUCGCAUUAAAAUGCUUCAAUAAGAUUUUUUUUAAUAAAAUUAUUUUUUAAGAUAAACAUAAGUUUCAGAUAUUUAUAUAGUAAGUUUAAUAAAUUGAAAUUUAACUUUAUAAAAGUAACUUUUUUGAAUAUAUUUUGUAUAUUAUAUUUAUGCGAAUGAAAUUUUUUUUAUAUAAUUACUUUGGAAUACUCAUUAAAGAUUAGUGAUGAAAAGUAUAUAUAUUUUUUAAUUUUCAAAUUUUGAAAAAUUAAAGAUUUCAUAA